GGGUUCGCCAAGACCCUGCGUCAUUGCAAGCUUCAGCCACAGCUUUGGCGGCUGGACUUUCUCUCACGCCAACAUCGAAUGUGAGCGGGAACACAUGCUCGACUCCGCAGCAACGAUAGAUACGACUUCGAGGCCGCCUCAAUAUCGCAACCACCUAGCCUAGUUUACAACGAUUUCGGCCGCGGGACCACCACUAUCUUGGUUACACGAGCUGAGUCACCACGCCAUCGCCAACAUGGCUCAGAACCCGCAUAUGGAGCUUGACCCGAAGUACGAUAACUAUGACUUCCCUACAACUUCGCCAGAUCCACGACCUGGACAUCCAGGCCAUACUACGAAAGAGCAAGAUGCUGCUGUGCAUCAACUGCGCAUGAUGUUGGAGCAGGAAGGGUACAAGGAGAGGCUUGACACAUUGACCAUGCUUCGCUUCUUGCGCGCAAGGAAGUUUGACGUGCAAUUAGCUAAGAAGAUGUUCAUUGAGUGCGAACAGUGGCGGAAACAGUUCGGCGGCGGUGUGGACAACCUCGUACGGACGUUCGACUACCACGAGAAGGCGCAAGUCUUCGCCUACUACCCGCAGUACUACCACAAGACAGACAAGGACGGCAGACCGCUAUACAUCGAGCAGCUUGGCAAGGCCGACCUGGAUGCGCUACGCAAGAUCACCACUGACGAGCGCAUGCUGGAAAACCUGGUCGUGGAGUACGAGAAGGUUGCGGAUCCGCGUCUGCCCGCCUGCUCGAGGAAGGCAGGCCAACUUCUCGAAACCUGCUGUACCGUCCUCGACCUUAAGGGAGUCGGACUCUCCAAGGCGAACCAGGUUUAUCCCUAUCUGCAAAAGGCGUCAGGUGUCAGUCAGAACUAUUACCCGGAACGCCUUGGUAAACUCUACAUCAUCAAUGCGCCAUGGGGCUUCAGCGGCAUCUUCAGCGUUGUCAAGCGAUUCCUAGAUCCUGUGACGGUUGCGAAGAUACACGUGCUUGGUUCGAACUAUAAGUCGGAAUUGUUAAGUCAAGUUCCGGAGGAGAACCUGCCAGCAGAAUUUGGCGGCAAGUGUCACUGCAAGGGCGGCUGCCAGCUUAGUGACGAAGGGCCUUGGAAGGAUCUGAAGUAUGCUCGACCGGCGGCGUGGGAGAAGGACAAGGAUAGUAUCCCCACAACGGAGAGUCAUAUUGGACAGGGCAUGGCCUCUGCCCAACACAGCGCUGGUCAAGCCCAAAUGCAUUUGGGUGGACAGAAGGCUGGCGCUCACUAGAUGCUCGGAUUUCGGCUGGGGCCAUGGCAUGGACUUGCAGGGGAGUAAAGCAUGUUGCAAUCGAGACAAGGCGAGGCGAGCAGCAUGGAAGGCGCGAGGCGGUUGCUGAAUCGGUGGCGUGUUUGGGCAGCAACAAUAUACCCUACAGUAGGUCAUCCUUCCACACUGCAUGCUGGAGACUUGAUGCAACUGCUACUUCGCCGUCAGAUAACAAGAUGAAGCAACCGAUAGCGUGCCAACUGCGUCAUUGACGUGAGCAUGGCAGGCACGAUCUAAGCACUCUUCCGCUUCUUGCAAAUUGCUCCUGCUGCUGCAAUACCUACAAUUGCAUCCACCCAACCUCCACCUCGGCAGCAAAACUGCGACUGCGGCACAUUACGACGCAGCACCUGCACUUUCACUGAAACGCGAUGCUCAAUGGCAGGUUUAGCCCGCCACGUGUUGCUCUCUCU